AUGCGAAGCCAUCAAGCAGAGCUCCGCCAUCAUCGACCAAGAACGAGGCGAGGAGGGAAGCGCUUAGGGGGGUUCCGCUCGAGAAAAUAUUGGGUAGGUUUUACCCUCCACGUAGGCGGUGGGUUAAACCAUUCAGCGGUCGACACGUGGCGCCACGUAAGCGAGGGCGUCAGGGUUCAAAAUUCGCGCGGGCCGCGUGGGGCCCACCACUCUGACGCUCCCUGCUCUGCGACGCCUGCGCCCCCUGUCGAAUCGUUCUCUCUCUCCUCUCUCUCUCUCUCUCCCCCUUCUCCGUUCCGUUCCGUUGCGUGCGGGGGAGAACAAAAAAGUCGCAUCUCUCUCUCCAUUCUCGCGCACAGCUGCUUCUCUUCCUCCUCUGCUCUCUCUCUCCAUUCUCGCGCACAGCUGCUUCUCUUCCCCUCCUCUGCUCUCUCUCUCCAUUCUCGCCGACGAGCCCUCUCUCUGCAUUCUCGAUUCCGACGCCCCCUCAAGCCGGUUGCCUACGUCGCCCUCGACUCUAACGCCGACGACGCCGCCUCCGCCUCCGCCCCCGACGCCCUCUCGCGACUCCGACGCUCCUCAAGGCGGUUGCCUCCGACGCCUCCGACGCCGCCUCCGCCUCCGCCCCGACGCCCUCUCGCGACUCCGUCGCCCCCGCCUCCGACGCCGACCCCCACCUCCGCCUCCGCCUCGGCCGACGCCCUUUCCACCUCCGCCGAAGCCUCGACCGAUCGUUCGGCUGCAAACUCUGCUCAUAUCUCACAGCGUCCUCAUCAGGACUACAUGGAAGAUUAUGUGGUAUACGUACCUUUUCAGUCUCUUCAAGCUCUAGGGUGCCAUGUUGAUGCAGUCUGCCCCAAGAAGAAGAGUGGUGACACUUGCCCAACUGCAAUUCAUGAUUUUGAAGGUGACCAGACUUACAGCGAGAAACCUGGCCAUGAUUUUACUCUUACAGCUGACUUUGAGGGUUUGGAUGCCUCAAGUUAUGAUGCCCUUGUCAUCCCUGGAGGUCGUGCCCCAGAAUAUUUGGCCUUGGAUGGGAAAGUGAUUGCUCUAGUUAAGGAUUUCAUGGAGGCAAAGAAGCCAGUUGCCUCCAUUUGCCAUGGGCAGCAGAUUCUGGCUGCUGCUGGUGUUCUCAAGGGGAAGAAAUGUACAGCAUAUCCUGCUGUGAAGCUCGACGUGGUACUAGCCGGCGCCACAUGGUUAGAACCUGAUCCAAUCGAUCGCUGCUUCACCGAUGGAAACUUGGUCACAGGAGCGGCUUGGCCUGGUCACCCAGAGUUCAUUUUUCAGUUAAUGGCACUACUGGGUAUAAAGUCUGAGGAACGAAUGAGGAAAGAGAUGGAAAGAUUUGAUCAUGAAAGAAGGAAGGAAGAAGAAAGGUUGAUUCGUGAACAGCGGAGAGAGGAGGAGAGAUUGCUACGUGAGCAAAGGCGAGAAUCAGAGCGACAUGAGUAG